AUGGCGCCCCAUGGAACGUCUCCAAUCAUCAAGAACAUUCUUAUUCUAGACUCGGAAGGAAAGCGUGUAGCUGUCAAGUACUAUGCAGAUGACUGGCCAACCAACAGCUCCAAGUUAGCAUUUGAGAAGUAUGUGUUUAAUAAGACUAUAAAGACAAACGCUCGAUCUGAAGCUGAGAUAACUUUACUUGAGAGCAAUAUCAUUAUCUACAAAUUUGUACAAGAUCUGCAUUUCUUUGUGACUGGAGGUGAUGAUGAAAAUGAGCUCAUCUUAGCUUCAGUUCUUCAGGGUUUCUCUGACGCAAUCGCCCUGCUAUUAAGGAACAACGUUGACAAAAGAGAGGCCCUCGAGAACUUGGAUCUUGUUCUUUUAUGUCUUGAUGAGAUUGUUGAUGGAGGGAUGAUACUUGAAACAAGUGGAUCACUUAUUGCUGAAAAAGUGACUUCCCAUAGCUUGGAUGCUGAUGCCCCCUUGUCUGAUCAGACACUAACUCAAGCUUGGGCCACAGCCAGAGAACAUUUGACCAGAACCCUUCUGAAAUGAUGUUUUCACUUGCUCAAAUGAGAGAGUUGCCUACCUUUUUCCAUCAGUUUUAUUUCCUUGCCUUUUAGUGACAGCUUUUAACUUUUUAUUCCCCAGUUUACUGAUGAGCUUACCCAGA